GCCAUUGUUUAAGUGGCGAACCCUGCCUUGCCCCGUGGCUGCCACAGGCCAGUGCUGGCCUGGCCCGCCCCGCCCCUCUCUGGCGGCACCACGCAUGCGUGUUAGGAGGGGGAGUGACAGAGUCAGUCUUACGAGAUUCAACCACUACAAAAAAUUAAUCAUACAAAAAGAAUCUCUUAAGAAGUCAAGCUCCAAGGAACCAGUAGACCCUGAGAAUAACAUGCUGAGAUUUGGGCAGCACCUCAUCAAGCCCUCCGUGGUCUUCCUGAAGACUGAGCUCUCCUUUGCUCUCGUGAACCGGAGGCCGGUGGUUCCAGGGCAUGUCCUUGUUUGUCCUCUGCGGCUGGUGGAGCGUUUCCGUGACUUGGGUCCUGAGGAAGUGGCUGAUUUAUUUUGUACGGUGCAAAGGGUUGGCAAUGUGGUGGAGAAACACUUCUGCAGCACCUCGCUCACCAUUUCAAUUCAGGAUGGCCCUGAAGCUGGACAAACGGUGAAGCAUGUUCAUGUCCAUGUGCUUCCAAGGAGAGCUGGUGACUUCAGCAGGAAUGACAAUGUCUAUGAGGAGUUGCAACGACAUGACAAAGAGGAUUCCCCUGACAACUGGAGGACAGAAGAAGAAAUGGCAGCUGAAGCAGAAAUUCUGAAGAAGUAUUUUCAGGAAAAUUAGAGGUAACAAAGUGUUUGAAAAACAUCCCAUGACAUAAGGAACUCCCCAGAAAGACAGACCUUAUUCUCCAGUUCUCAGUGGCCCUGGAGCUGCAGCUGAACAAUUUUAUUAUGUUCUACAAAUAUGGGAUUCUUCCAUGAAAAAUUUUAUUGGACCUUUGGAUAUCAUCAAGGUUGAAUUUCAUCUAAGACAACUAACAGCACUGAUUCAAAAUAUUGCUCUGAGUAGUAACUCAUAUUUUUCUGAAUUGUGUACUUGGAAACGAAUCUUUUUAAAUUGUCCCUUGGCUUAAAUUGAAAUAAAGUGCUAGCAAAAUCAGGUA